AUGCAGCUGCACUUACAGAGAUCAUGCCAGCUUCCACAGACUCCACGAGCGAGAAGUAAUGGCUUACAUACCGUGACCAGGCCGAAUCCAGGUAUUGUUGGCGUCAACGAAGACGAACCUGUUACAUCUUCUGCUGAGCUACUUCGCCAUACGUCUAAGGCUUGGACUGUUGACGCCUCGGACGUAAGAUAUGUGCGAACAAAUAAGAAUAUUGGAUCGGAGUCACGCCAAGUACUCUUUCAGUCUUUCGAAGACUUGGAUAAGAAUAACGUGUGUUUGGUUGCUUACAAAAAUGAUUUCGUUGAUGGAAUCAUCCGCGCUUUCCAGCAAGACCCCCAUCUCAUGCUGCGCCCUGACGAUGUAUGGCUUGCCAUCAUGGUUCAAUUCGGCUUCUACGUAAACGACCGUUCUGAAGAAAUGAGGCGAUUCAUCGUUGACGAUGUCCAUUUUCCCUUAAUUCGUGCCGCCAAUGUUCCAAAAGCAGUGGCCGAAGUUCCAAUCAUAUUUUUAGACUAUGCAGAUUCCAAAUUUUACGAAACGACUGCGAUAGCUGGGUUUGUGGGAGCAAAAUCCUCUGCGAGCAAAGACGGAGACCAGCAUGAUACCUUUCAACCUCAAUCAGGCUAUUGGGUAUUGGUUGACAAGGUGAAGCCGGUUCCUGGAGACUUUCGUCUAAAAGAUGGGCAUGAUAUUCUUAGUAUCUAA